UGCACACAGCAAGGAAGACCCAACACAGCCAAAAAUUAAUUAAUAACAAAAAUAAUUAAGUUAAAAAAGAUUUUCCUGGAUUAUCCAGGUCAGCCCAGUGUAAUUAUAAGCGUCCUUUAUUUAUUUAUUUUGGGGUACACGGGCCUCUCACUGUUGUGGCCUCUCCCGUUGCAGAGCACAGGCUCCGGACGCACAGGCUCAGCGGCCAUGGCUCACGGGCCCCGCCGCUCCGCGGCGUGUGGGAUCCUCUCGGACCGGGACACGAACCCGUGUCCCCUGCAUUGGCAGGCGGACUCUCAACCACUGCACCACCAGGGAAGCCCUAUAAGGGACCUUUAAAGUGGAAGAAGGAUGGGGCUCCCCUGGUGGUCCAGUGGUUGAGACUCUAUGCUUCCACUGCAGGGGGCGUGGGUUCGAUCCCUGAUGGGGGAAGUUCUACCUGCUGUGAGAUGCAGCAAAAAAUGAAGAGGGAAGCACAGGCAGAGAGAUUUGAAGAUGCUACACUGCUGGCUUUGAAGAAGGACCCAGGAGCCAAGGAAUGCAGGUGGCCUCUAGAAGUUGGAAAGGGUAAGGAAAUGGAUUCUCCCUAGAGCCUCCAGAAGGAAUGCAGCCCCGCUAAUGCCCAGCACCAUGCACCAGUACCACCAACUCCCAUUCUCCAGGAGUCAGUUUCCCUCCUCCAGUUCCACUCCCCUACCCAUUUCCCUCCCCAACAGGGCUCAGAACUCAGCCUCCUUGAGCCCUGGAGGCUGACCCUUACAGGGCCUCAGUCAUCCCAGUACCAAGGACUAGGGACUCCCCCCAGGGCCCAGUAGAGACUCUGAAGACACUGUUUAUUCAUCAGAUCCUUCCUCAGCACCUCCUGUGUUCCAGGAGCUGGGGACACAGUAGGGAUCAAGGCAAACUAGUCCCUGCACUCUGGAGCCUCAGUUUCCUCAACUGCAAAAUGGGGAUAAUAAUAUCUACUUUGCAGGGUUAUUGUGAAGAUUAGAAAUGCAUUUAUGACAAACGUCUAACACAGUAUAACAGAAAAUAAGUAAUAGCUAUUAUUAUUAUAAGUAUUAGUCUUUAGGUGUGAUUCAUUCAUUUCCUUGUAGCCUCUGGUGUGUGGGGAGGUACAACUAAAAGAAAUAAAAAUAAAAUAAUAAAGCAGGGUAAAGGGAUAGAGAGGGACAGGAUUAGGGCUGGGGUGGAGCAGUGGUAUUGGGAGGAGGGUCACUUUCCUAUUUCCAUUAACACCAGCUAAGAAAACUGGAGUUCCCACUGUGUGCCAGGCUCUGGACUGGGGCCCCUCAUCUCAUUUAGUUCUGCCAACAUUCCUGUGAUGCCAGCAUGCCCAUUUUAUGAUUGAGGAAGCUGAGGUUCAGAGAGGUGAAGCAAUUCACCCAAAGCCACACAGCCAGGAAGUAGUAGCCAUAAGAUUUAAACCCAGAUCUGUCUGAGGUGAAGGCUGUUUCCUCAGCAACAGCUGUCUCCCUGUAAGAUGCAGACUAUGUUCUUUCAGAACUCUCGCUCCACUAAGAGACAUGGAACACUCCACUGUCACUUCGUCCCAGACAGUGUAGUAAUAAAGGCACAUGCCACAUACAUCAGAAGGCAGAGGAAGAAGAGAAUUAUCAGUGGGGGAAGAGGGAACAGCUCAACAAUAUUUGCGGAGGAAUGACUGGUUCCUGAUUCCUGAGCAGUGAGCUUCCAUUUACAUCUGCAGAGGGAGGAGGCUGGCUGGGCCCCCCUCUCUGGGGAGGCCCCAUCUCUCCUGGAGAAAGGAAGAUAGUCGUUUCUCCAGACCAGAAAAGCCAGCGGGGUGCCAAGACAAUUUAAUGGGGAGAGGAUAAUAUUUUCAACAAAUGGCGCUCUGGCAACUGCGUAUCUGUAUGCAAAAGAAUAAAUUUGAAUCCCUACCUCUAUCAGACACAAAAAAUACUGUAAAUGGAACAGAGACCUCAAUGUAGGAGUUAAAACUAUAAAGGUCUUAGAAGAAAACAUAGGAGUAAAUCUUAUGACCUUAGGUUUAGCAAAAUCUCAGUUUUGACACCAAAAGCACAAGCAGCAAAAAAAUAAAAGAUACAUUGGACAUCAUCAAAAUUAAAAACAAAAGACAGCAUUAGAAAGUGGAAAGACAGCUCACAGGGCAGGAGAAGAUAUUUGCAAAUUACAUAUCUGAUAAGGGACUUGUAUCUAGAAUAUAUAAAGAACUCUUUCAAGUUAAUAAUAAAAAUACAAACAAUCCAGUUGAAAAAGUGGGCAAAGGAUCUGAAUAAACAUUUCUCGAAAGAUGUACAAAUGGCUAAUAAGCACAUGAAAAAGAUGCUCAAAAUCAUUACUCAGCAGAGAAAUACAAGCCCAAACCACAGUGAGAUACCAUUUCACACCCACUAGGAUGGUAUAAUAAAAAAAAAAAAAAUCAUAAAAAGUGCUGUCAAAGAUGUGGAGAAAUCAGAGCCCUCAUACAUUACUGGUAAGAAUAUAAAAUGGUGCAGUGCUUUGGAAAACCAGUCUGGCAAUUCCUUAGAAAAAGAUAAACAUAGAGUUACCAUGUGACCUGACAAUUCUACACCUAGUAUGUACCCAAGAGAAAUGAAAACAUACAGUCACACAAAAAUGUGUACAUUAAUGUUCAUUGCAACUUCAUUCCAAAUAGCCAAAAAGUAGACACAACCCAAAUAUUCAUCAGUGGAUGAAAAACCAAAAUGUGGAUAUCCAUACAAUGGAAUAUUAUUUGUCAAUAAAAAGGAACGAAGUACUGAUAGAUGCUACUGCAUGGAUGAACCUUAAAAACAUGCUCAGUGAUGGGCUUCCCCGGUGGCGCAGUGGUUGAGAGUCCGCCUGCCGAUGCAGGGGACACGGGUUCGUGCCCCGGUCCGGGAGGAUCCCACAUGCCGCGGAGCGGCUGGGCCCGUGAGCCAUGGCCGCUGAGCCUGCGCGUCCGGAGCCUGUGCUCCGCGACGGGAGAGGCCACAGCAGUGAGAGGCCCACGUACAGCUUAAAAAAAAAACAAAACAUGCUCAGUGAAAGAAGCCAGACCCAAAAGACCACAUAUUGUACGUUUCCAAUUAUAUGAGCAGUCCAGAAUAGGCAAAGAGAAAGUAGUUUAAUGGUUGCCAGGCUCUGGGGGAGGGUGGGAAGAUGGGGUGAUAUCUAAUGAGUAUGGGUUUCUCUUUGGGGUGAUGAAAAUAUUCUAAAAUUGAUAGUGGUGAUGGUGUACAAUUCUUUGAAUACAUGAAAAACCACUGAAUUGUACACUUUAAAUAUGUGAAUUACAUCGCAAAAAAGCUCAACCUGUCCCAGCAAGCAGACUGAACUCCACCAACGUUCAGGCAGCUGUCCAGAAUUGAUCUGAGGCUGUUAGGGAAGGGGAACUCCCAGGUAUUGAGUACCUACUCUGUGCCGUCUGCUUGUGCAAGGCUGGGACUAUGGGGAGAAUUUUCAGGAGCCUGAGAGUGAAUCCCUGCUUAAAUUGUGCACCCGAGGCACUCAAUCUAGUCCCAGACCUGGCUAUGUGCCAUACACCCAGCACCUUAUUUAAUCCUUAUGACAUCCUUGUGGGACCCAGGAUAUCCUGUAAGACCAGGAACUAUUUUACAGAUGCAAGUUUGGAGACUCAAACAGAGCAGAACUGGGAUUUGAACCCAAGCCUUGCUGAGUCCAGAGUCUGUUCUCUUUCCAGCCCCUCCGCCCACCAUGCUGUGUGGAGGAGGCCCUGGGAAGGAAGCCCUUGCUGCCAGGGAGCGCUCAGCAAGCCUGCCAGCUGCUCCCUACCUGCCUGCCAGAGCCCAUUCCCCGCCUCCUGUGAGAACCAGCCUUCAGCCUUCAGAGGCUCUGCCUGAGUAGCCUUGCCUGAAUCUGUGUGGAGGCUGAGAAUCCCAAGACCUUCCUAGACAUCACCAGGAAGCAUAGAACCUACAACUCUUGAAGAACCUGACUGGCCACUAAACAACAAGGGCACCGUUCAAUCACUAUGGCCAGCAAGUCUGGUCACAGCCCUUCCAUUCAAAUGUUGUUCACUCAUUCAUUUAACAAACAUGUUGAGCACCAACUGUGUGCUAGGCCUUGUUCUAAGCCCUGGGAAUACAACAGCAAACAAAACAUUCCAGUGGGAGAGACAGAAAACACGCACAAACAAAUCAGGAAAUAUUAACCAGUGAACAAUCCAAUGAAGAAAAUAAAAUCGCAUCAGACAGACAGGAGUGAGGGGUCUGGGCAAGCAGACAGGCUUAAAGGAGGCUCAGUGUAGUGUCCAGGAGAGUCCUCUGAGGCUUCUGAAAGGCAGGUACUGAGAAGAGAAAUGAAGGUAGCCUGCUCUGUGGGGCGGAAGCCUCUAAGGGCCAUUGAAUUUUCUUCCUGUGUGUUCCUUGGCUUGGUAGGAAAUUUCUAAGUGCCCUCGGAUAGAGAGAGACUUAGAGCUAAGCUGGGACUGACAGCAGGUGAACCCUUGGGGGAGGAGAGGCAACUGGGACCCAAACUAGAGAUUUGGGGUUGGGGAGGAGUCCUGGCACCGGCUGAGAUACCCACCCUCUUUCACAAAUACCUCUGUUCAGGCCUUGGGGAUAUCUGUGUCUGGUUGGGGCAAAUAAGUCUGUCCUGGGCUCCCUCCUCCCAGCCUAACUUGCAUCCCCAAGUGCAGAGAGAGCCCCAGAUUGGGCAGAGCCAGGCCCUGCAACCUUCAAACCAUUCUCAAGUCCUCCAGGCUCUGCCCCUCCUCCAAGCUUAAGCGACCUACACUCAAGCAGUGUCCCUCAAGCUCCACCCCCCAUCCCCUCAGGGCUCCAGAAGAAAGAUGUUUAUCUGCAGUGCCCUUGGGCCUCUGAGUCAACCCUUCACUCCUGCAAAGUGCCAGUGUGCCCAUCCUACAGAUGCACAUAUUGAGGCCAAGUCAAGGUCCAUGGUUACUCAAGUGGACAGUAGAACUGGAUCUAGGCUGAGACUUUUCUCCCUCCUUUUCAUGUCCCGAGGGAGAAGUCCUUCGUUGGCAGGAGCGCUGGCCUGGCCUCUGAUCCCCAAGAGCCGGGUCUGGGAGGCAGGAACCCGGAGUGUAUGGCCUCUGGCAAGCCCUGGCCUCUCCCUGGAGCUUCAGUCUUCCCGUCUGCACACGGAGCGAGGAGCGGCGGCAUGGAGGCUCUCACCACUCAGCUGGGGCCGGGGCGCGAGGGCAACUCCUCGCCCAACUCCAAGCAGGAGCUGCAGCCCUACUCGGGCUCCAGCGCUCUCAAACCCAACCAGGUGGGCGAGACGUCGCUGUACGGGGUGCCUAUCGUGUCUCUGGUCAUCGACAGUCAGGAGCGCCUAUGCCUGGCGCAGAUCUCCAACACCCUCCUCAAGAACUACAGCUACAAUGAGAUCCACAACCGCCGCGUGGCCCUGGGCAUCACAUGCGUGCAGUGCACACCGGUGCAACUGGAGAUUCUGCGUCGGGCCGGGGCCAUGCCCAUCUCGUCGCGCCGCUGCGGCAUGAUCACCAAGCGCGAGGCCGAACGCCUUUGCAAGUCGUUCCUGGGCGAGCACAAGCCACCCAAGCUGCCCGAGAACUUCGCCUUCGAUGUGGUGCACGAGUGCGCCUGGGGCUCGCGUGGCAGCUUCAUCCCCGCGCGUUACAACAGCUCGCGUGCCAAGUGUAUCAAGUGCGGUUACUGCAGCAUGUACUUCUCGCCUAACAAGUUCAUCUUCCACUCGCACCGCACACCCGACGCCAAGUACACGCAGCCCGACGCAGCCAACUUUAACUCGUGGCGCCGACACCUCAAACUCAGUGACAAGUCGGCCACAGACGAACUGAGCCACGCUUGGGAGGACGUCAAGGCCAUGUUCAAUGGUGGCACUCGCAAGCGGACUUUCUCGCUGCAAGGAGGCGGCGGCGCUAAUGGCGGGUCGGGUGGGCAGGGGAAGGGUGGUGCUGGUGGUGGCGGCGGGGGCGGCCCGGGGUGCGGCGCGGAGAUGGCCCCAGGCCCGCCGCCCCACAAAAGCCUGCGUUGUGGCGAAGAAGAGGCCGCCGGGCCUCCCGGGCCGCCGCCUCCUCACGCGCAGCGGGGACUUGGUCUGGCGGCGGGAGCUGGCGGCCCCCCGGGCCCUGGAGGGCCUGGUGGCGGCGCCGGCGUACGCAGCUACCCGGUGAUCCCAGUGCCCAGCAAGGGCUUUGGCCUCUUGCAGAAGCUGCCCCCGCCGCUUUUCCCUCAUCCCUACGGUUUUCCCACGGCCUUCGGCCUCUGCCCCAAAAAGGACGACCCCGUGCUAGGCGCGGGCGAACCCAAGGGCGGCCCAGGCACCGGGAGCGGCGGGGGCGCGGGCACUGGCGCAGGCGCGGGCGGCCCAGGAACCGGCCACUUGCCCCCCGGUGCGGGGGCUGGCCCGGGCGGCGGCGCCAUGUUCUGGGGUCACCAGCCCCCCGGAGCAGCCAAGGACGCAGCGGCCGUGGCUGCGGCGGCUGCCGCAGCUACUGUGUACCCGACGUUUCCCAUGUUCUGGCCGGCGGCAGGCAGUCUCCCAGUGCCGCCCUAUCCAGCCGCGCAAAGCCAAGCCAAAGCCGUGGCGGCGGCUGUAGCGGCGGCAGCGGCGGCGGCUGCGGCUGCUGCCGGUGGCGGCGGCCCCGAGCCCCUGGACGGUGCUGAGCCGACCAAGGAGGGCGGCCUGGUCGCAGAGGAGCGCUGCCCCAGCGCGCUGUCCCGCGGGCCUCUGGACGAGGAGGGCGCCGACGAGGCGCUGCCGCCCCCGCUGGCCCCGCUGCCCCCGCCGCCCGCACGCAAAAGCUCCUACGUGUCGGCCUUCCGGCCUGUGGUCAAAGACGCGGAGAGCAUCGCCAAGCUCUACGGUAGCGCCCGCGACGUGUACGGCGGCGGGCCAGCCCGUGGGCCCGGGCCAGGCGCAGGGUCCGGCGGCGGCUACGUGAGCCCGGACUUUCUGAGCGAGGGCAGCUCCAGCUACCACUCCGCCUCCCCCGACGUGGACACUGCGGACGAGCCCGAGGUGGACGUGGAGUCCAACCGCUUCCCCGACGACGAGGGAGCCCCGGACGAGGCCGAGCCCGGUGCACCCGGCGCGCCCAGCACAGGAGACGGCCCUGAUGGCGACCAGCAGGCAGGGCCCCUGUCUACCACCUCAUCGGGCGCCGACGGCCCCACAGACUCUCCCGACGGCGGCAGCCCUCGUCCCCGGCGCCCCCCGGGUCUACCCCCAGCCAGUCGGUCUGCAUUUGGGGACCUGGCAGCCGACGACAUGGUGCGGAGACCGGAGAGGAGCCCGCCAAGUGGGGGCUAUGAGCUGCGAGAGUCUUGCGGACCGCUCAGGGGGCCCGCGCCGGCCAAGGUGUACGCGCCCGAGCUGGAGGAGCACGUGAAGAGCGCGGCGGCGGCGCUGGGGCCCGCGGCCUCCUACCUCUGCACCCCCGAGGCCCACGAGCCAGAUAAGGAAGACAAUCACUCGACUGCCGACGAUUUGGAAACAAGGAAAUCCUAUCCAGACCAAAGGAGUAUCUCCCAGCCAAGUCCCGCAAAUACAGACAGAGGUGAAGAUGGGCUCACCCUAGAUGUCACGGGAACUCAACUAGUGGAGAAGGAUAUCGAGAACCUGGCCAGAGACGAAUUGCAAAAACUGCUCCUGGAGCAAAUGGAGCUCCGCAAGAAGCUGGAGCGAGAAUUUCAGAGUCUCAAAGAUAAUUUUCAGGAUCAAAUGAAGAGGGAGUUGGCUUAUCGAGAAGAAAUGGUGCAACAGCUGCAAAUUGUCAGAGAUACUCUGUGUAACGAACUUGACCAAGAGAGGAAGGCGCGCUAUGCCAUCCAGCAGAAAUUAAAAGAAGCUCACGACGCCCUGCACCACUUCUCCUGCAAGAUGCUGACGCCCCGGCACUGCACUGGCAACUGCUCCUUCAAGCCCCCGCUGUUGCCCUAGGGCCGGCCCGGCCGCGCCCACGCGCCCUCAAGCCAUGCUGCUCUCUUCUUGUAAAUACCCGCGGCCGCGGCGGCCUAAGGCGAGAUACAAGCCAUUCGGACUGGACCGAUGUAAAUACAGCCUCCCGCCCGCCCGCUCUCCUCCCGGGCGCCUCGGCCUUGCCCGCCCCCUCCCGGGCGCCCCCGCCCAGGACCCCGUCUCCGUUUCCAACUGUAAAUACCACCUCGCCCCACGGUUGAACUCCUGGGCAUCGGACCUCAUGGGGUUAACCGGACCGAAGGGGGUAAGAAAGGGGAGGGGGCCUCUCCCCCCUGUACAGCCUCGGAACCCCAAUUGUGAAUACAAUGUAGGAACUUCGCUGGCCCCGCGCUCCCCGUCCCGUCCACUUCUGAAAGUCUUGUUCCUAAUGACAAAGUGGCUAUGUGCAAUGGAUAUAAAUGUACUGUGAGUCUCUCGGUUCAGUAUUGGGUUCACUUUAACUUAUUUAUGCUGUAAGUUAUUUGCUUCCUUCUCCUGGACCUACUUCCGGUCCCGUUUUGCAUUGACUCUUGGGUUUUGCUUUGUCUAUUUUUUUGUUGUAACCUCUUGAUGUAACAGCACUUUAAAAAGGGCGACAACUGCAACUGACUCACGAGAGGGAGACCACCUUGAGCCUGAUUGGGGAGACCACCCUGUAUCCGUGACUUUUGUUUU